CUCUUACAUCUCGCCAUUGUCUCUGACCUUAAACGCUGGCUUUCUUUCACCAAUUCAAUCUCAGACAUUCAACACCGACAGGAAGAAGAAGGCACCAUAAUCCAUAGAGCAGAGAGUCCAACAAUGGCGGAAACGAUGUCUAUGGAGGAGAUUCGAGCCACGGCUGCUCGUCUCAAUAUUGACCUUUCCGAAAUCGAUCUGGACUCCAUUCGUCUCCCUCCCGGCGAGGAUUUUGGCAUCGUAAGUGAUGACGGCGACUUGGAGGAGGAGGAUGCACUGGAAUUUGACACCGGUUUUGGCAGCGUAAUAGUAGUGGAUAAUUUGCCGGUAGUACCUAAAGAAAAAUAUGAGAAGCUGGAAGGUGUCGUCCGUAAAAUUUACGGCCAAAUUGGGGUGAUUAAGGAGGAUGGUCUGUGGAUGCCAGUCGAUCCCGAUACUCAGAAAACCCUAGGCUACUGCUUCAUUGAGUACAAUACUCCUCAGGAAGCUGAGCUUGCUAAGGAAAAAACACAUGGAUACAGAUUAGAUAAAUCUCAUAUAUUUGCCGUCAACAUGUUUGAUGACAUAGAGAAAUUCAUGAAGGUUCCAGAUGAGUGGGCACCUCCUGAAACGAAAGUAUAUACUCCAAGGGAGAAUUUGCAACAUUGGCUUACCGAUGAGAAGGCCAGAGAUCAGUUUGUAAUUCGUUCUGGCACAGACACAGAAGUUCUUUGGAAUGAUGCUAGACAGAUGAAGCCUGAUCCUGUUUAUAAACGUCAGUUCUGGACUGAGAGCUUUGUUCAGUGGUCCCCAUUGGGCACUUAUCUGGCCACAGUUCAUAGACAAGGUGCUGCUAUCUGGGGAGGUGCCAACAGUUUUGAACGUCUAAUGAGAUAUCCUCAUCCUCAGGUGAAAUUGAUCGAUUUCUCUCCUGGUGAGAGAUAUUUGGUAACUUACAGCAGCCAUGAGCCAAGUAAUCCACGUGACUCUCAUAGGGUGGUGUUGAACAUUUUUGAUGUGAGGACUGGAAAAGUUCGGAGAGAUUUUAAGGGCAGUGCUGAUGAGUUUGCCAUUGGUGGCACUGGAGGUGUUGCUGGGGUUUCUUGGCCAGUGUUUAGAUGGGGUGGUGGCAAAGAUGACAAGUAUUUUGCAAGAAUAGGAAAAAACAUAAUCUCUGUAUAUGAAACAGAGAGUUUUAGCCUUAUUGACAAGAAGUCUAUAAAGGUCGAAAAUGUUCUAGACUUCAGUUGGUCUCCAACCGAUCCCAUUCUUGCCCUAUUUGUUCCUGAACUUGGUGGUGGAAAUCAACCAGCAAGGGUGAGUCUUGUGCAAAUCCCAAGCAAAGAGGAACUUAGGCAGAAGAACCUGUUCAGUGUCAGUGAUUGCAAAAUGUAUUGGCAAAGCAAUGGAGACUAUCUUGCUGUUAAGGUUGAUCGGUACACAAAAACUAAGAAGAGCACAUAUACAGGCUUUGAGCUUUUCAGAAUCAAAGAACGAGAUAUUCCCAUUGAGGUUUUGGAGCUGGAGAACAAGAAUGAUAAAAUUAUUGCUUUUGCUUGGGAGCCUAAGGGUCACAGAUUUGCUGUUAUCCAUGGUGACAACCCUAGGCCGGAUAUUAGUUUCUACUCCAUGCGGAGUGGUAGUAACACAGGGAGAGUUUCAAAACUUGCAACAGUUAAAGGAAAACAAGCGAAUGCACUUUAUUGGUCACCUGCAGGCCGCUUUAUUAUAUUGGCUGGUUUGAAGGGCUUCAACGGGCAGUUAGAGUUUUUUGAUGUCGAUGAGCUUGAAACAAUGGCCACAGCUGAGCAUUUCAUGGCCACAGAUAUUGAAUGGGAUCCUACUGGAAGAUAUGUUGCAACGUCUGUCACCUCGGUUCAUGAGAUGGAGAAUGGUUUCAAUAUCUGGUCUUUCCAUGGCAAGCUGCUGUAUCGGAUUCUGAAGGAUCAUUUCUUCCAAUUCUUGUGGAGACCAAGGCCCCCACCCUUCUUGACCCGUGAGAAAGAGGAGGAGAUUCUAAAGAAUCUCAAGAAAUACAGCAAGAAGUACGAGGCCGAGGAUCAAGAUGUUUCGUUGCAGUUGAGUGAGCAGGACCGCCAGAAAAGAAAGAAAUUGAAGGAAGAUUGGGACUCGUGGGUAAAUGAGUGGAAAAGAUUACACGAGGAGGAAAAACUGGAGAGGGAAAGGCUUCGUGAUGGUGAGGCAAGCGAUCAAGAAGAAGAAUACGAAGCCAAGGAAGUCGAAGUAGAAGAAGUGUUGGAUGUUUCAGAGGAGAUAAUUUCUUUCGACUGAUUUCCCCAUUGCUUCUUCCCCCACCCACUCCCAAAAUUUUUAUAUGAUUACUUUUUUCUUUAGGUGUUUUAAUUCUUAUUCAGUUAUGACUACCUAAAGUUGUUCCCUUAUAUGUAAUGAUGAGAUAUCUAUUGAGUUUUAGGUGUUUGUUUUGUUUUAUGAUGUCCUCAGGGUAUCUUUUUUCCUUUGAUACAAGUCAUUACCUUCUAAUGGUUAAAAUCACAUUAGGUUAA